AGAUGGGAAGGGCCCGGGGCAGGCUCCGCGGUUCUUUGUUCCCGCUCCCUGGUGCCAGGGGAAAGGGAGAGGAACGGACCCAGCCGAGCCGGUUGCUUUUCGGGCAAAGGGGGUGAAACCCGUAGGCUUCCUAGCGGCUGCAAUUUGGCAUGCUGGGUGAGCCCAGGCUCUGAGUCCGCCGCGCGGGGGGUAGCCCCGGGGAGCAGGCUGGAGGGGGCCGGGCUAGUGACUCGCUGUGUCAAGCCCCUUUUCUCGGGCGUGAUUUCGGGGUUUCGGAUGCUGCCGCCCCCGCCGCUCGAGCUAGAAGUCUCCCGGGAGCUGCCGGCGCGCGCAGGGGCGCGGGCUCGCUCCGGGACCGGCAGCUCGGAGCGGUGCAGGCCCGCGGGGAGCCCUGGCCGGGAUGCGGGAGUCCCGGGCACCGAGGCGCUAGGACCUCGCCGCCGCGCGGAGCGGGGCCGAUGGCUGCCCGGGGGCUGCUGCUGCUCCUGCUGCUUCUCCAGGGGAGCCAGGCGGCGCCCCCGCAGACAUUGAUUCCCUCACCUCAGUCCUGUGAUGUGCUAGAGAACUGGCUCUAUGAUGAAACUUCACAACGCUGCUGCUACCAAUGUCCCUCAGGCUAUCAUAAACAGAAAGAGUGUCCCACAGAUCCAGGCCAGGACUGCGGGCAGUGUGAGCCCGAGCACUUCCUGAACAGGGAGCAAGGGAGGCCACACUGCAAGGCCUGCGUGUCAUGCAAGCCAGAAUAUGACCUUGUGGAGAAAGUCCCUUGCUCCUUCAAUUCCAGAAGGGUGUGUGAGUGCCGAGCAGGUCUGUUCUGUAAGGUUGCAGUUCUGAACAGCUGUGCGCGAUGCAUUUCCCACACUGUCUGCAAGCCAGGAUUUGGAGUCCUAGCCAGAGGCACCUCAGAAGUUGAUGUCUCUUGCGAAGAAUGCCCUUCAGGUACCUUCUCUGAUCGGCUCUCCAGCACCGAACAUUGCAAGCCCCACACAGACUGUGCCAAGCUAAACAAGAUAGCAGUGGGCAGAGGAAAUUCCACACACGACCAAGUCUGCAUAGACCCGCCUUCCAUGCACCUCACACCUGCCACUUUGUCUGGGAAAUUCAGCAACGAGCCAAAGGAUUCUGGCAGGGCAAGACCACCGCACCUGAGCGAGCAGCCAACCACCGUGGGAGGCCAGCAUUCCCACACUGCCACAAAGCCAGUGACCAGCGCCAGCAUCCUCACGAGUGAUGCAGCCUCUGGCGAUGCCAACUGGACCGCUACGGGAACUGUCGGUGGACCGGAUACAAAACACGCAGCUGGCACUUCCCCUAUCUCAGAUAUAGCUACAGAAAAGACUGCCAAGACAGGUGAUGGGAGCUUUGUUCCCUGGGGUGCGGUGGUUCUCUGCAGCAUGGUGCUACUCGCUGGUAUGUUGGCGGUUUGGCAAAGGAAGGUUUGCAAGCGGUGGAUCUUCACCCCAAGUGGGAAGACUCCUGAUCUGUAUCCAGUCACUACAGGUAGACCCAGAUCUGCACGUCAGGGUUCUGAUCUGAUGAAGAACUGUGCAAAGAGGUUCAGUAUGCUGAAAGCUGACAAAGAGUCAGAAGAGAGGGAGUUACUAAACAGACUCCCCAACCCCAUUGUGGAAACCAACAACAACUUGGUCUCCAGCUCAGAAAAAAAUCCCAGUCCCGACUCAAGCCUGGCUGAGAUGAUCCAGAGCACUGGGAAUGCCACAGACUACCCUGCUGAUUCCCGAGCGAGGGACCACACUAAUAACCGAAUCGACAAAAUAUACAUAAUGAAAGCCGACACUGUGAUUGUGGGGUCCAUUUCGGAAGUGCCUGUCAGCAAGAACUGCGCGGUUAGAGGAUGUGAAAAUGAUGCUGAGCCCCAAGAAAACAUGGAGGAAAAAGAACUGGUAAUGCGUUAUCCGCAGCAGGAGACAGAAUCAUUUCCAGGAGGUGAUGUAAUGAUUCCAGUGGAGGAGGAGGGCAAGGAAUUUCAUCACCCUACCACUGCCACUGAGAAGUGAUGUCUUGCAGAGCAGAUCUUGAAGACUAAAGCUACAGAGAUGCCCAUUGUGCGAGUGAUAUCCAGUGCACUGGGGAGCCAUGAAUGCCUUAUUGUCUCAGAUGCUGGAAGAAUGGUUGGGGAUCAUGGGAGAACUUUUUGGAACAAGGUGUCAUAUAACUGAUUUCAUCCCGGAAACAAGACAAUCGUCAAUAGUAACAAGAAGAAUUUUCACUUAUGGAUCACAUCAAAUAUUUCUCUCCACUCCUCCUCCCCACAUCCAGUUACAGAUGGGACUGAAUCAAAACCCCAGGUUUGAACACUCCAAAACUCUGAGGACUUUUGGAUCCUGAUCCAAACCCCACAGUUGCCCCAUCUUUAUAACUGAAUGGAAUAAAAUAUAUUUCCAAGCACCUCCAUUGUGAAAAUUCAAGUCAGGAUCCAAAGACUGAAUAUUGGGGCCUAUAUCUAUAUUACAGUAUUUGUGCUGUUCCUAUCAUUGUUACCAACUCUUGAGAUUUUAUUGCUAUACUAACGAUUUUUUUUUCUGAAAGUCCCAGCUCCUGGAGUCAUUUGAUCACACAGGAAUCUGUGUGUUUUUUUUUUUUUUUUUUUUUUUUAUUUUUAAAUGUUUCCAGGCUUUUCUCCACAAUCAGGACUAGAAACAUGACCGAAGUGUGCCCUCAAGGCACAGAAAUUAGACUGUAAAUAAAAACAAAUCCAACGUUUAUUCGUGAUUUUUUUUUUAAGCCAAUCUCAUGAAUAGUUUGAAGCUGGACUCAAGGAGGACUUCCAUGAUUUACUUUUUUAAAACUAUUUUGAUAAAGAAAACAGACAAAAGUUCAAAAAGGUAAAUGACUUAUAGCUUGUAUAUAUUUCCCAAUACUGCAUGCUUCACAGGACCUCCAAUGCAGUUAUACUUUUUUAUAACCCAUCAAAGCUGCAAGAUCGGACAAUACAAAACCAGGAACUACUAAAUAGACAUAACAUGCUAGAAAUAAAAUAGGAGAAGACAUGCAUGAAUAGGGAGAAGAGGGACGAGGAGUCCAAGAGGAAAGGAAAAGAGAAUGGAGGUCUGGCAUUCUUUGAGCCUUCUACAUCUGUUUUAUACAAAUGUAUCAAAAAAAGGAGUUCACAUUUCUUUCAAUUCAGACUCCAGGGUUUUGAUGUUUGGGAUUGGCAGUGCUGCUACAUCAUGGCCUUCUCCAGAAAAAGCCAAAGGCUUUUGAAUAUUUAGAUGUUGUACAGAAAGUGAACUUUGUCUCCGAGUCUGAAUUAAGCAGGACCAGUGAAUAUGGAUAUGGUCUUAUAAGGAAAACGAAGGAAAAGCACUGAUUUCACAAAAGAUUUUUUUUAUUAACUUUUUUUAAAUAUAAAGGUCACAUUGCUCAUUUUCUAAAACCAUGUCAGUUUCUGCUGCUUUUGGAAGAAGUGCAGGAGGUGAUCUCGGAAGCACUUAUUUACAUAUUGUUUAAAAAAAAACCCUCUCGUUUUGUCAUCAAAUUACGCAAGAUGCUGACCUCUCACGCUGCUAAAUCUAUAACUGUAAAUGUAAUGCAUCUGUGCUGACUGCGCUUUCACAUGAUUAUGGAAAAUGAGCUACAUGAUAGUGCUCCUUGAUAGGUUGUUUUUUUUUUCCUUUUAAAAGAGGAACCACAGAAUUACUACCGGCUCAGUAGUUUUUAUAUUGGACAGAAUACAGUGAUGGAUAAUUUAUGCUUCUCUAGUGUAUUCAUAAGAACAAUCAUACUGCAUCAGACUAAUGGUCCAACUAGCCCAGUAUCCUGUCUCUGACAGUGGCCAGUGCUGGAUGCUUCAGAGGGAAUGGGCAGAACAGGGUAACUUCAAAUGAUCCAUCCCCUGUCAGCCAGUCCCAGCUUCUGGAAGUUGGAGGUUUAGGGAUGCCUGGAGGUUGGGGUUGCAUUCCUGAUCAUCUUGACUAACAGCCAUUUAUGGACCUCUCUCCCAUGAACUUACCCAAUUCUUUUUUGAACCCGGUUAUACUUUUGGCCUUUACAACAUCCCCCUGCAAUGCAUUCCCUAGGCUGACUGUGCAUUGUGUGGACAAGUACUUCCUUAUGCAGGACUUAAUGUGUGUCAGGGCUGAGCCCCAACACCUCUAGGCUUGGCAAUUCAGAACUGUAUCACCUCUGGGCUUGCCGUGUCAGUUAUGAAAGUAAAAAAUUUGCUUGAGCUCUGGCACCUCAUUCAUUACAUAAGACCUGCCCUUCUGUUAGUUUUCAACUGGCCUUUUACCUGGGACUCUCAGUGCACUUUACAAACAUCGGUUAAGUCUCGUGCUACCUGUGUGAUGGAGGGAACUAUGUUAUGGGUGGGACCAGAGGCACAGAGUGUGACUUUCUGAGGAUGCAGUAAGGCAGAGCAAGCCGGAGAAUCCCAGCAUCCUGACUCACUGCCUCUAAUUCAUUUGCAAAAUGACGCUGGGCCCAACAUGGGCACUCCCUUCACUCAUUCCUUCUUGAAUUCUCCUUUCCUCUCCAUAAAGCUUCUGAGCUGCUCAACACCAGUUGCUAUUGCUGCUGCACGUGUCUUUGGCUCCUCUGUAGCGUUAAAGAAACCUCUUGUGUGUGCCUUCUCUGUUGUACUUGUUUUGUUACAUGCAGAAGACAUGCUGCUCCUAAAACCAAAAAGCAACAGUCUGGGUCUCUAUCGCUGUCCUCUUCAGUGGAAGUUGCACGUGGUGAAGACGGAAGCAAAUUGAAAUAACGUUUCUCGCUAAAACUUCUUGAUAUUGUGCAGCAGAAGGUCAGCUCCCCAAAUGCUGUCACUAACUAAGAAGGAAGUGAAACCACAAAGGACAAAUUUGCCCAGACUUUCUUCAUUUUAACCAUGUGUGCCUCAUUGUUUCCCAGGGCUCAGCAUGGGUUAUGGAGAAAUGACUUUCAGCUAUGAACACCAACGCGGUUGUGAAUAACAAUGCUCAUGUGAUUGUGAUUGUAAGGGUUUUCCAUAAUAAUGGAAUUAUAGAGGUGUGUGCCCUGUGCCUAUAUGAAUCUUGCUAAUACAACAGUUUUUUCUAGGGGGAUCAAAUGCAUUUUCUUGCUAGAUCUAAUGUAAUUGGUUAGCAAAACUGAAAUUUUAACAUCUGUAAUGGGAAAAAAAAUUAAAUGUGGUUUAGCCUGUG